AUGGUGAACCCAAAGAGACUCGUUGAAAUGGCUCGAAAAUGGCGAAGGAUGGCCCAAUCAGGGAGGAGGAGGAUAUUGAUGUCAAGAACUAACAGCGGGCUGAAGUCCAGCGAAGGUUCAUUGGCAAGCAAGGGCCAUUUCGUUGUCUAUACAAAAGACGGGCGGCGUUUUGUUGUCCCUUUGGCUCAUCUUAACAGCAAUGUCUUCAAAGAACUCUUCAGGUUAUCUGAAGAAGAGUUUGGGUUGCCUGGUGACAGGCCAAUCAUUCUCCCUUGUGAUGCUGUUUUCAUGGAACAACUUGUUGUGAUUCUUAGAAGAAGAAUUUCGGAAGAUGUGGAGAAAGCUUUGCUUAACUCUAUUGUUUCUAACAGAUGCUCAGCAUCAUCAUCACCAUUCUCCCAUGCUUCUAUUAACAGUUAUGCACUUGUGCAUGGAUUCUAA